CUUCUUUCUCCCUUCUCCUCACGCGUAGAAUCCGCCUCUAUUCUUUAAUUAAAAUUUAAAAUUUAAAAUUCCCACUCCCUCCUCCACCACUCUCGCCGUAUAUUUCUCCCCACCGCUCUCUUCUUUUCCCUCACCCCGACCCGGAAUUUCCCUUUUCUCCUUCAUCACCACCACCACCACCACCACCCCCUUCCUUCGAAUUCUUGGAUUGAUUUUUUUGACAUAAUCGGCGUCGCCGGUACCGGCCGCUAACGACGACGUCGACGGAUGAUGGCGUCGUCGUCUUCGUCUUCGUCGUCGUCGUCGGCGUCGUCGACGAGGGAUCCGUCGGAGCUGCGGCGGGUGUUCCGGAUGUUCGACCGGAACGGGGACGGGCGCAUCACGCGCAAGGAGCUGGGCGACUCGCUGCGCAACCUCGGCAUCUUCAUCCCCGACGACGACCUCGCCGCCAUGAUCGCCAAGAUCGACGCCAACGGCGACGGCUGCGUCGACAUGGCCGAGUUCGGCGCCCUCUACGACUCCAUCAUGGCCGACAACGAAUCCAACAACACUAAGAACGCCAACAACGAUGGCGAUGGCGACGACGACGACGGCAAGGAGAAGGGGGAGGAGGAGGAGGAGGACAUGCGGGAGGCGUUCAAGGUGUUCGACCAGAACGGGGACGGGUUCAUCACGGUGGACGAGCUGCGGUCGGUGCUGGCGUCGCUGGGGCUGAAGCAGGGCCGCACCGUCGAGGACUGCCGCCGGAUGAUCCACCAGGUCGACAAGGACGGCGACGGCCGCGUCGACUUCGCCGAGUUCAAGCAGAUGAUGCGCGGCGGCGGUUUCGCCGCCCUCGGCACCGCCACCGCCGCCGGUAAUAACUAACUAACAGCUACAUAUAUACACAACAAAGAUAAUAUGGGGAAAGAGGGAGGGUAAAAAAAAAAACAAAGAAUGCAUGCAA